AUAAAAUAUUACUUGCUGGGUGUCUGCGUUACACACAUGAUUUAGAUAUAAUAUAAUACAGUAUUAUAUUGUGUAACCAACGUUUUAAUGGUCCUGCAACAUAACUACGAUCUAGACGGCGUACGAUAGUAAUAAUAAUAAUAAUAAUAAUAAUGAUAUACAAAACAACGAGUAACGGGACACCGCAGUGAACGCAAUCAAACGUUUCUAUUCGGUUGGCUUCUACGUUAAGAUGCUGGCUAAAAUCGUAAUUGUAUGCUUGGGACUUUUGUCCGUGGGCCACGCUUGUGACAAUAAUAACUUGCAGCCUUUGGAAACGGCCAAGGCGUCGGCGAAAUGGAUGCACGAUGGCUUCAAAAUGUCCAUGUUUGGUGACCCGGACAAAUACAUACCGCAUUCGAUGUACAUUGUAACGAUUGAAAGUGAAAAUUUGGAUUUUAAUUCGUUUCUGGUAACUGCUGAACGCGAUUGCCACAGUACGAUAAGCGAAGAUUGUGGCGAUCCCGCAUCACCAGACCGAUCAGGUUCACUUCAAUUACUUUCGUCUGAUGACAGUGCGACAUUCCAUCCGGAGUGUAUAAACACCAUCAUCCAGUCUGAACCAGAAGUCAAACUGCAAAAGUUGCGUUUCGUAUGGUCAGCACCAAAAACAGGAAGCGGCUGCGUGUACUUAAGGGCUUUGAUUACCUAUGAAAACGGCUUUAAUAAACAGAAUAGUGAACUGUUAAAGGAACUAUGCGAAAUGUCUUUCGAUACAGUUACGAAGCAAAAUUCAUCGGCUGAAACCGAAAGUUGUUGUGCUUGUGACGAAGCCGUUUAUGAGAUGAAAUUUGAAGGACUUUGGUCAUCUGAAACUCAUCCGAAAGACUUCCCGAGUGCUUUGUGGCUUACUCACUUCAGUGACAUAAUUGGAGCGACACACGAUAAGAACUAUUCCUUUUGGGCUGAAGGUCAAUGGGCCACCGACGGUGUUAGACAGUUGGCCGAAUGGGGUUCAACGGCGAUUUUGGAAUCCGAACUUAGGCAGCAGAAGAAACAUUUGAGAACUUUGAUCAAAGCCGCUGGUCUUUGGCAUCCACGAGUAAACGCUAACGCCACGUCUAAAUUCCGAGUGGACAAGAAACAUCAUUACAUCUCAUUGGCUUCUAUGCUCGGACCGUCCCCUGAUUGGAUAGUAGGUGUCAAUGGCCAUAAUUUAUGUGAAAAGAACUGUCAGUGGGUUCAAAACCGAACUAUAGACUUGUACGUCUACGACGUUGGAACAGACAGCGGACGUACAUAUAUGUCACACAAUCAAGAGACCCUACCACAUGAACGCAUUUUUCGGAUCACCCCGAUGUAUCCGGAUGAUCCCAGGUCACCUUUUUUCAACGAAAAUGGCAACGAGAUGGCUCCUUUGGCGCGCUUACAUUUGAACAGAAUCAACCUCAUACCGAAGUCUUGUUCAGAUAAGAUUAUAACAGAGUUAAUGGACGAACUCGUAGUGUCGGAGAACUCACAAGAUAUAUUAAGGCCUGAAUGUGCUGUAUCAAAAUACUCUGAAUGGAAUAAAUGCAACGUGACUUGUGGCAAAGGUCUCAGAGCGAGAAGCAGAAACUAUUUAAAUGAGACCGCAGCUCAGCAGUUUGGUUGCGACAGACAAUUGGUAUCUAAAGAAAUGUGUCUGUCUUCAGUGCCAAUUUGCCCUGGUGAGACAGAACAAGAAGACGACAGUCUGCUAAUAGACGAUGCUAAAUGUAACACCACGGAAUGGACACCGAUGUCUGAGUGUUCAGUGUCGUGCGGUAUAGGAUUCAUGUUCCGCACCAGACAAUUUUUAGAUCACACGAGUUACAAAAAGUGUCGCCACAUCGGACUUGUCAUGAAGAAGAAAUGCAUGCAGCCAGCUUGCACUAAAGUCGCUGAACAGUCUUCUUUCACUAGCACAUGCCCGGUAACCGAAUGGAGUAUGUGGAGUCCGUGCAACGUAACUUGUGGCCAAGGGUUGUCGAUCAAGUCUCGGUUGUUGCUUGUAUCCGGUGAAAAUUACACAAAAUGUAUCGAUAAAGUCGUGCUGGAGGAAACUCGAACGUGUAACGGGACGCGGCCUACCUGUGAAAUAAACUCGUCUCUCGCAAAAGAAAUAUGUAGCAUGGAAAAAAACGAAGGAGCUUGUAACGUAAACGCUGUGCGUUAUUAUUACGAUAAAGCAUUUAAGACAUGCAAACAGUUCAAAUACGGUGGAUGCCGGGGUAAUGAAAAUAAUUUUAAAAGUGCCAAAGAAUGCUAUAAAGUGUGUCACGGUGUAGUUUGAAGAAAUUAAGUACUUACUUCAAUAAUAAGUAUCGUUAUUUAGUAUAGUUUUAACUUAUAAGAUACAUAAUAAUAAUGCGACAAUAUAUUAUGAUAUAUUACUAUAAUGUAUAUAAUAUAAUAGAAUAGUACAUAUAGAUGUUAAAAACUUAUAUUAUAUACGCACAGUAUGUACACUUAUUAAACUUGCCAGACAUACCUAUUAUAGUUAACCAACAUUUUACUGUGGAUUUGUGUUUAUGUUAUUUCCUUACGUUGUGCAAUUUUUUUUAAAUCGUUUGUGUUUUUGUACGUCAUCAGAACCAUUAAUUUUGUAUUCAUAUAAUAUUAUUAUUACCAUUGAAAAAUAAACAACAUUUUAUUCAAA